AUGGCAUCACAAACAAUGAAUUCGUCAAUGCAACCGACUGAUGUUUACGGAGGAGACGAAGUGUCAGCCAUUGUCAUUGAUCCGGGAUACUCAAGUAUACGCGCCGGAUUUGCAGGAGAAGAUACCCCAAAAUCAUUCAUCGACUCACAUCACGGAGUUCGCGAUGGAGAAUCCUUUUACGGCGACAAUGCGAUCCAUAAUCCCAGCGCAAACCUCGAAAUCCGCAACCCGAUGAACAAAGAUGGAAUUGUUGAAGAUUGGGAUACUGCAGAACAAUUGUGGAAAUAUGCUAUUACUUCACGACUUACGAGUUUUAAGCAGGCGGACCCUAGAACAAAUGGACUGAAUGAUAAGCCGGAGGAGAUGGAUGUUGAUAUGGAUGCGGACGGCCAGGAGAAACCAUUAGAAGAGCACCCUUUAUUGAUGACAGAGACCGCGUGGAACACGGCCAAGUCUCGAGAAAAGGCCAUCGAAGUAGCUAUGGAGUCCUGGGGUAGCCCUGCCUUUUGGCUCGCGCGAAACAGCGUCCUCGCAGCCUUUGGAGGUGGUAAAGCGACAGCAUUAGUAGUCGACGUCGGAGCAUCAAAUGCAUCAAUUAUCGCAGUGCACGAUGGGCUUGUGCUCAAGAAAUCUGUACAAAGAUCUCCUCUAGCUGGCAACUGGGUAUCCUCUCAAAUCCGCGCUCAGUUCAAUACCCAAGAAACCAAAGUCGAUCUCACUCCACAUUUUAUGAUCGCUUCUAAAACCCCUGUCGAUGCUGGCGCCCCAGCCCAAGCUACCUACCGUAACUUUAAGAUUCCUCCUACACCCAGUUUCCGCGCUUUGGAAGAGGAGCGUGUUCUAACAGAAUUCAAAGAAUCUGUUGUACAAGUGUGGGGCGGACCAAAUCGGUUGAAUGCUACCACUGGACCUGGAGUCACCAACGUGGAUUAUGCGAAACAACAACCUGGUCGUGUAUUCGAGAUGCCGGAUGGCGCGAACCAAAUGUGGGGUAUAGAACGCUUCAACAUUGCGGAAGGUAUGUGGGACGAAAAGGCCGCAUUACCUGUAGACAACGAGCCUGCUCCUACAAAAGCUCAGACUAUUCCUGAAAUGAUUAAGGCUUCGAUUGCAGCGGUUGAUAUGGAUCUACGGUCGCAUCUGUUGCAGAAUAUUAUUGUCACAGGAGGUAGUACUUUACUUAACGGAUUUACAGAUCGUUUGAACAGCGAGCUGUCACUUCUCUACCCGGGCGCGAGAAUCAAGUUGCAGGCUGCGGGUCUUACACAAGAGAGAAGAUUUGGGGCAUGGAUUGGAGGGAGUAUUUUGGGAAGUUUGGGAACAUUCCAUCAAAUGUGGAUCUCGAGGAAGGAGUACGAGGAAUUUGGUGCGAGUAUUGUGGAGAAGAGAUGCAAAUAA